UGAGAAUUAUUAUUCUUAUUUUCAUUGAUUAAUUAUGUUAUUAAUUCAUUUCAAGUUUUAUUUACAAAUAAAUAAUUUUUUAUAUUUUUUAUGUCAAUUCGUGAUUUUCUUAUCGAAUAUAUGGAUUUUCAAAAUGAUACAAGCAAAUCAUGUCACCAUGGCAACAAGUAAUAGUAGUAAUAAUAAUAAUAAUAAUAAGCAUAAUUUAUUAUUUAAUUCUGAUGGAAACAUUUUCAAUAUGGAAACACAGAUGGAUUUGAUUCAUCGUUUACCACGUUACACACAAAUAUUGUCAUCUUCAUCGUCAUCCUCAUCACCGUCAGCAAUAACACCAGUUCUAGGUACAGAAUUAAUUCAACUUAGUUAUAAUUGUAUAGUCUAUGAUGAAACACCAGCUCAAUAUAAUUUACUUGAUGAAACUAAUGGAAAUACAUGCCAAUUAUUAUCAUCAUUAUCAUCACCCUCAUCUGCAUCCUCAUCAUCAUCAUCAUCAUUAUCGAGUAUACAAAUGAUUCAAAUAAAAAAUUCCGAGAAAUUAUUCAUCAGUAUGAAAAUUAUUACAACAGCAAAUCCUAUGGCAAAAUAUUUUAAUAUUAAUCCAAAUAAUUAUACAUUGUAUACAAGUCAACAUAUUGAUCGUGAAGAAUUAUGUAAUCAAGCAAUGCUCAUGACUGAUACCUCGUCUAUACCGGAUUCUUUACGAACAUGUUGUAUAAAUCGUCGAAAGGAAUGUAUUUUCCCACUGAAUAUACUUGUACAGACAAGAACUGGUAAAGAUGAUACGGUUGCUACUACUACUACUAACAGUAUUAAUAGUAGUAGUAGCACCAUUUCUAAACAUUCAGUCGACAAAGGAUCAUCCAUUAUUACUGAUACUGCAAUCGCUGAUAUUAGUAGUAUAGGUAGUAUUAGUAGUAAUGGUAAUAUUGCUGAUGUUGUAAGUAGUAGUUCACGUUCAAAAUUUUUUACAAUUAACAUAAAACUAAUUGAUAUCAAUGAUAAUGCACCAAAAUUUCCAAAUCCUCAAUAUACAAUCCAUGUUUCAGAAGGAAUACAUGUUGGAUCCAGGUUACCUUUACCAUUAGCGGAAGAUUUAGAUUGUGUAGACUAUAAUAUUGUACGUUAUCAACUACUUACACAAAAUGAUGAUACAUUUGAAUUGAUUCAAUUAUCAAAUGAAUUAAUCAAUAAUCUACCUUCAUUAGUUCCAUCUACCUCUAAUAAUAAUGAUAAUAAUCAACUAAUCUAUUCAAAUUAUAAUAGUUUAUCUUAUAAUAGACAAAUGGAACAUCCAUUUACUUAUCAUCAAUCGAAUACAUUAUCACCAAUAAAUCAGUUAUUACCAUAUCAAAAUCGACCAGAACAAUUAUAUUUAAAAGUUAUGAAACCAUUAGAUUGGGAAACUAAACGUAGCUAUCAAUUUAUAUUAAAUGCUGAAGAUAAUGGAUCACCAGCAUUUACCGGUGAAAUGAGUUUGAUGAUCAUUGUCACUGAUGAAAAUGAUAAUCAUCCUAUAUUUCGUAAUAAAAGUUUAAUGAUUAGUGUACCAGAAAAUUCACCUGAAGGUUUACAUCUUAUACAAUUAAUUGCUGAUGAUCCAGAUGAUGGAAAAUCUGGUCAAAUUAUUUAUAGUUUAAUAAACAAUGAUGUCAACAUUAAGCCACCAUCAUCAUCGCUAUCGAAUAGUAAUGAUCAUUCCAAUCAACGUCAAUUACAUAACAAUACUCAUACUACUAAUAAUAGUAAUGAAAUGAAGAAAAGCUUAUUUGAAAUUGAUUCUAAAACUGGUUGGUUAAUCAUAAAUGGACAUUUAGAUUAUGAAAUAUCAAAACAUCAUCUUCUACGUGUCAUAGCUCGUGAUCAAUCGAAUCAUCCAGGAUUUGAUGAAGCAAUCAUAAGUGUUUAUAUCACAGAUAUUAAUGAUAUUGCACCACAGAUUACAGUAGAAUCAGUAAAUCGUAUUUCAUCAAGUCAAUCGAUUAGUGAUAAUCAUAAUAAUCAAUAUAAGAAUAAUAUAUUACAAGUGUAUAUCAAUGAAACUCCUGGACAUAAUAUAAUGAAUUAUAAAUUAGAAAAUGAAUAUACUACUCAUGAUAAUUUAUUACCAACUAUGAUACAAUUAUUAGCUUUUGUAGUUGUAAAUGAUCCAGAUACUGGUCCUGGUGGUACAUUUCAAUGUCAUUUAGAAUCAAAUACAAUAGAUAAGGAUAAUGAUAAAGCAUUUAGAUCCAAGUUACAUUAUCCAACACAAUAUACAUUGAAUGAACAAAGUCAUUAUUUGUCAUUCAUUCCAACUCCUAGUACUAGUACUAUUCGUAGUAGUACUACUGGUACUAUAAGUCAUAGUUCAAUUGUUGGAAUGUUUCAAUUAAAUCCAAUAUCUAAUUUCAAUUAUGAAUUAAAUACAAUUUAUGGAUUUGAUUAUGAAUUUAGUAAAACAGAAUCAGUAAAGAUGAUAUGCAGUGAUAAUGGGAUACCAAGUCUUACAUCCAGUUAUGUGAUUAAAGUUAUUGUACAAGAUUUAAAUGAUAAUCCACCAGUUUUUACAAAAGAUUAUCAUAAUUUUUUUGUUCAAGAGAAUAGUCCAAUCAAUACAUUGAUUAAUAAAGUAAUUGCAACUGAUGCAGACAGUGAAAAGAAUGCUGAAAUCAAAUAUCAACUUAGUCAAGAUGGUGAAGAAUACUUUACUAUUAAUCAAUUAGAUGGAACUAUUUAUACAAAAAUAAUAUUCGAUAGAGAAUUAAAACAAAAUUAUCGAUUUCAAGUCUAUGCCAAUGAUAAUGGUCAACCGAUUGCGUUAACAGCAACCACUACAAUUGAAGUGACUAUUGUUGAUGUUAAUGAUAAUACACCAAUGUUUGUCGGUUUAGAUCGAGAUAAUUGUUAUCAUUUCCGUAUAGCAGAAAAUCAACCACCGAAUACAUAUGUUGGUAUCCUACUUGGUACCGAUAAUGAUAUUGAUGAAAAUGCUCAAUUACAUUUUCGUUUACUUGGUACAACAUCUCAUUUUAGAUUGAAUAGUUCCACUGGAGAAAUAACAACUUUACAAUUAUUAGAUCGUGAAAAACAAGCAAAUUAUGAAUUAAUUGUUUUAUUAAUUGAUCAUGGUAAACCAUCACGUUCAGCAACAGCUAAAGUUCAUAUACAUGUAACUGAUACAAAUGAUCAUGAUCCAAUUGUUGUAUUUCCAGUUAAUGGUAAAGGUAAUAUUAGUGUAUCUUAUCGGGAACCACCAGGUGAAAUAGUAGCACGAAUUGAAGCACGUGAUCCCGAUGAAGGACAUAAUUCUUUAUUACAUUUCAAUUUAUAUUCUGGCAAUCAAGCUUCAGUCUUUCGUCUUGGUAGUACAUCAGCGGAAUUAAUAAUUGAUCGUGAAUUAACUAUACAAGAUAUUGGUUUAUAUCCAUUAGUAAUACAUAUACAAGACGCUGGUAUUCCAUCACGUACAACAGAAGUGAAACUAAUGGUUAGAAUAAUUGAUUCACCACCACGUAUAUAUUCGAAUCGAUUUACUAAUUUACAUCAUUCUACAAAUUUAUUAAAUAAUGAUAUUAAAUCAUUAAAUUUACAUCGUCGUUUCAAAGAUAAUCAAUAUUAUUCAUUAAUCAAUGAUCAUGAGAAAUUAAUAAAAACAAAUGAAUUUCAUAAUUAUGAUGAUAAUAAUCCAUUCAAUACUAGUUCUAUAUUAGUUGCUAUCGUUGCAUUAAGUUGUGCUAUUAUACUUGUAUUAUUAGGCAUUACUGUAUAUGUAUGCGGUCGACGAGGAUUUCAAAGUUUUCGUUAUAAUAAUAAUAAUACUACUACUAAUAAUAAUAGUAGUACUAGUAGUAGUAGAAAUGGUCGAAUGCAAUAUCUAUUACGUAAUCAUAAUAUCAAAUUACCUGAUGACAAGUUUAAUUGGAAAAAUAUAUUAAAUUCAAAAUAUCAUACAAAUCAUAAUAAUAAUAAUAAUACAAUAUUAUAUCCUAAUAAAUCAAUAAUCAAUAAUCAAUAUCAUUCCAAUCAAUCGAUCUUAUUCAAUAAUGAAAAUAAUCCAUAUAUUGAUCAAUUCAGUAAUGUAUCCUUAAAAUCAAUAUUGAUUGAAGAAAAUAAACAAAAAAAUCAUGAAAAUUAUACAACAUUUUUACCAUUCAAUGAAUAUACAUCAUAUAGAAAUUAUCAAAAAACAUUACCAAUAAUCAAUGAUAAACAAUCAAUAUAUUUAACAAUGCCAAUCAAUAAUCAUAAUAAUAAUGAAUUAAAACAAAAUUAUGAAAAAUAUUGGAUUAUUAAUAAACAAGAUUCUAAUAAUUAUACAUUACCACAAUAUAAUCAAUAUGAACAAAAUAUAAGUAGUAAUAGUAGUACAUUGAUCAAUUCGAAUCUUGAUUAUUUACAACAAUCUCAUCAUAGUAACAAUAAUAAUAAUAAUAAUAAUGAUCCAUUGAAUUUAUGUAAAACAAUGAUGAAUGAUAAAGAUUUAAAAAAUAAAUCAAUAUUACCAAUGAAUAUAUCAACAAUAGAUAUGAUAAAUAAUACGAACAAUGUUACCAUGGCAACAGAUACGAUUAGUAGUAUCAUGAGUAAUAAUAAUAAUCAUAAUAAAAUUGAUCCUAAUUAUUUUACACAAUCGUUAAAAUUAAAAAAAUCAGACAAAUUAGAUAAUUCAAUGAAUUUAUUGAAUGGAUCAAUGAAUGAUAAUAAUAAUAAUCAUGAUCCUAAUUCAAAUGAAAUAAAUCAAUUAAAAACUGCUAGAAGUUGGGAAUAUAUUGUAAUACCACAUAACAAUAAUAAUAAUCAGUCAUUAUCUCCUUUAUCAUCAAAUAAAGAAGAACAUAACAAGCCACAAGAACAGCAACAUCAAGUUUCAUGGACUUCUAAUAUUCAAACAAGUAUUCCAUCAAGUAAAUCAACAACAAUUUUAUCACCACAACAUACAAUUCAACAUAAAAUAGGUAAUUGUCUUUCAGAUAAUCAAUCUUUUAUGAUGACUUCUACACCUUGUAUUACUUCUACACCAUCUACACCUUCUGUUAUCUCGACUACUUCCACUGCUACUACUAUUACUAGUACUAGUACUAAUACUACUACUACUACUACUACUACUACUACUACUACUACAUCAUCAAACUGUUCUGAUUAUACUAUUAUUAACCAAUAUCCUAAUACAUUACAAACAUUUAAUAAACAAUCUAAUCAUAAUGAUAAUUUAUCUGUAUUCUAUUUAAAUCAUUCAACAAAUAUUAUUGAUCAUUAUAAUCAAUCUUUAUUAAUAAAUCAAUUCAAUCAUAAACAAAUCAAUAAAUCAAUAGAAAACUGUAAUCAAUCAAUAACACCAAUCAAUUUAAUUGAUUUUAUUGAUAAACAAUUAAAUGAUAAGAAAUCUUUUAAAUAUAAUACAAUAAUAGAUAAUUCAAUAAUAAAUGAUUCUAAGGAUUCAAUGGAUGAUAAUAAUAAUGCUAAUACACUUAUGUAUAUGAUAAACAAUCAACAACAACAACAACAAUCGAAUUCUUCACAUUAUGAUUCAAAUCAUGAUAAUAUUUCAUCAAUUUCUACUGAUUUUGUUUAAAGAAAUUCGUUCAAUUAUUGAUUUUUUGUUUGUUUGUUUGUUUGUUUUCUUCUUUUCUUCUUCUCUUUUCUUUUCUUAUAGACGAUCACAAUAAACAAUUGUAUAAUUGUACAUUUUUGUUUUGAUAAAAUAACUCAUUUCAUUAGAUUAUAUAAUAAUAUUACUAA